CUAAAGACACUGAAUUGCUAGGACAGGGACUUGUGGUCUGCUGUUCAGAACACUCCUGAUGCUAGUGUAGCAUCAUGGCUAGUCAGAAUGUAGAACAGGAUUGUGAAACCAAUGUGAGCCCAGGUGUUAAUCAAGAGCCUGUAAGCAAGGAUAUCCCUAAUUCUUCACCUGAUUCAGAAGCAGAUUCAAGAGAGGGUCUUGUGAGGCAAGAUGAUCAAGAUGUGAUACAAGAUCUGGCCUUUGAAGAGAGACCCCCACCUGAAGACCAAAGCCAACAUACAGCCAGUGAGGAAGAUAACACCAAUAUCCUCAGUCUGCCCUUCCCAAGGAAGCUCUGGACCAUUGUGCAGAAUGAGGCAUUCAAGUCUGUGAAGUGGACUGAGGAAGGAGACACCAUAAUGAUUGAGGUAGACCUUUUCCAGAGAGAGGUCCUUCACCUCAAGGGGGCAAAGAAGAUUUUUGAAACAGACAGCUUGAAGAGUUUUAUUCGCCAGCUCAACAUGUAUGGGUUCAGGAAGAUAUGCCACGAGACCUCUGUGAUUUCCUCUGGAGAGAACAGGAGAAUAAUGAUGUACCGCAACUUCAACUUUCAGAGAGAUAAGCCCGGACUCCUUAAGUAUAUCUGGGGAAAAGAAAACCUAGUAAAUCUUACCCACCAGGCUAUCUGUGUACCUAUUCUGCCUAGAUCUGCUCAAGAGCCAAUUUCCAAAAAGAAGAAGUUACCUACCAGAUGUUCUCCACGAUUCUAUCAUAAACCUGAGGAAGACAGUGAAGAGUCCAAGAAGAAAAGCUCUGAUGACCAGGCACCCAAAGAAAAUCAGGGAUUUGCAUUCUCUACUGUAUGGGCUAUGAAAACUAUUUCUGGAUGUUCCCUAGAAAGGCAGUCUCCUGGGGAGUUAAGUAACCCAACUGCAGAAGACACCUCAGGCAAUAUUAUAUGUGUGCCUCCAACUGCUCCUCAAAUUCAGGGCAUGGAAGAAGUGCCCAGUGAUAGCUCAUCAUACCCCAUUUUGGGUUCUAUGAUGUCUCUAUAUAACAACUGUUGUUCUGUCCUAUUGUCUUCCCUCUUAGAAAGGCCAACAAAUGAAUCCCCUGAUGAAGAAGAGCAGGAAGGCUCCUCAGAUUACAAGUGUGUAAUCUGUGAGCCCAUAAAGAAUAGCCCUCGCUUAUGAACUCACACACCACUGAGACCAGUAGAAAAAUAUUUUUUCCUAAGGAUAAAUCUAUUUUUGGUACCAAAAAAGAUAAAUCCCAUGAUGGCAAAUAAAUAAUCUAAACUAGACUCUGGAGUCUGUGUCCUAUCUGACCCUCUGUACCAUUCUGUAUCCUUGGUUUCCCCAACCUUGGAUUCACUUUGCACUUUCAUGAGAAGCAGCAAUAUUUUCACACCCUCAGCAAAGCAUUCUGCCUGGUAGGGCAGAGAGCAAGCCUGGGAAGAUCUGCUCCUCUGACACUUGCCUACUGGCUAGUGACCUGUUGGUGUCACCUUACACUACUCAGGUGCUGCUCCACAUGGCCCAUCCCCUCCCUGCCCUUAGACUAUGAGCUCAGUGAAGCCCUAGUUACAGCCCUGUGUGCCCUGAAACCCCACCAACAUGGAUGAGAUGCUGCUUCUGCCUUUUCAGGUCAAUGAGUUUUUGCUUAAUGGCAGGCCCAAUGCAAGAACUGGGGUUUGACUGAUUUGUACCUGAGUCUUCAAUUCAGGGAGACUCACUGUAUAGGAUGGUGGCAUCUAGAGAAUGACACCCACAAGAUAGUGCUGACAGAGAUGGCUGAUGACAUCUAGAGAAAGGAUACAAGAUAGUGCUGACAUAGAUGGCCAGGCCAAAGGAAACACAAAGGAGGAAGUGUCACCUUAGCCUUGUCAAGGUAUCGCAGCUCUGUAGGCUUGCAUUAGAAUAGAGAUAG